AUGUCGAAAAUUAGUGAAGGUGGUUCUGGCUCAGUAAGCAGAGCUUACUGUACAAGAACAAAUGAAUAUGUUGCAUGCAAGACAUUGGAUGACAUUGAUAAAUUAAUUAAUGAGGAAACGAUAUUUAUUAUGCUAAAUUUCAAUAAAAACAUUAUUCGAUUUUUAGGAGGCUGUAAAGAUGAUAUGAACAAUAAGUAUUAUCUUAUUACAGAAUAUGCGGAUGGUGGAGAUUUACAAAAUUAUCUUCGAAAAUAUCACCCUUCUUUGAUUUGGAGUCAAAGAUUGAUUCUGGCUUUUCAAAUUACAAAAGGGUUACGUUACUUGCACAGCAAAGAAAUUAUUCACUGUGAUCUGCACGAUAAGAACGUUGUGAUUAAGAAUGGUAACGCAAAAAUUAUCGAUUUUGGAAAUGCUGAAAGUGUUAAUACACAAACAAAAUUUCAUAAUGGUCCAGUUGGUGUAAUGCCUUAUUUAGCACCCGAAUUACUUAAUGGAUUUAAUAAUAUUUCCUAUUGCAAGAAAAUGGAUAUCUAUAGUCUGGGCAUGUUAUUUUGGGUAUUAACUAGCGGUCAUCGGCCAUUCGAAGAUCAAUUAAACUCUGGUUUUAUAGAAUGUGUUGCUUUACACAGUCUUAUUAUUCAAGGCAAAAGAGAAGAAAUAAUUCCUGGAACUUCUCAAGCUUAUGUUUAUCUUUAUUGUAGAUGUUGGGAUGAUAAUCCGAAUAUGCGUCCUAAUAUUGAAUCAGUUUAUCAUGACUUAAAAAUAUUAAAGGAUGAAUCAUAA